UUUACCUCCUGGUAUACACACAUACCACAAGUAAUUUAAGCCAACUAUAUUUUAACUUUGGUAAUUGGAACACAUUUAGGACGUCUAUAAAACCCUGUUUCUAGUAUUCUUGUUAUUCUUCCUUUCCUCAUAAUUCAGUUACUGAAACAACAAACAGAAGAUGGUUAAUUUUUGGUCUCCAUGUUUACUUUCACUACUUUUUAUAUGCUUCUUCAUUGCCUCUACUGCGACGGUCUCAACUCACUAUUCCAUUUUAUAUUCUCCAUUGAUCUCUCACUAUGAUGGAUACGCGUCCAAAGAAGAUAUUAUGGCUUCUAACGCAAAGGGAACCCCAAUCCAAGCUUGUGCUUCUAUCGAAAAGCGAAAGAAGUUGAAAGGAGAAACUCCAAAUAGAUCAUCUUUGAAGGACAAUGCUGCAGUUGCCAAAUGUGACUAUGUAAAGAAUAAGGUUUCAUCAAAAUCAAUGUUGUCAUCGGUCAAUGAAGUUUCAAGUUCAAGCAAUGAAAGGUGUCAAAGAAGAAUGGCUAGAAGACUUUUGCCAAGACAGCGAUACAUGGAUCCUUUUAUAGCUCAUGCUGAUUAUCGUGGACCACAACGUCAUCCACCAAAGAACAACUAAAGAUAAUGAAAUACUAAAAACUUUUUUAUAUGCAUCCAUAUAUGUUUUUGUUUUCGUUGCAUCAUAUGGUUACAAAACUACUGUAGUGUUCUCAUCUUUUCUUUACUUCUUUUGUUUUUCUUUAUUUGGUUGUCGUUAAGUUUGUUGUUUGUAGUACUCCUAUAUUAUACUACUUCUUUUUUUUAGUUGA